UCAAAAGUCGAAACUGCAAUUUAAUUAUGGAAGAGCUGACACGAAUUCUCGAAGUAAGCUUAUCAUUUCUUGAACCCCGCGGCCCGGUCGGCACAUUCAUUCUUCAGCGUUCAAACAUGUGUUUGAGGAGAACAAGACGAUCUCACUAGCUAGCUAGCCCUGGCCUGGACAACAGAGAACUCCAACUAUCUCCCAUCAAUUUAUUUUUCAUGAUUUUUUUAAUAGUUGAAGUCCCUGCCCUGUACUGACUUUGUGCACGAUCGGGCCUUGGCUGCGGUAUUGGAUCUCUUAGCGAGUGUUCUGCUGGCAAUGGCGACGGGCUCGUAUGUUGCCCUACGCCUGAACUGCAAGCUUGGCAAGUUGUCCUCACCGGCCUGGUCAGGACGAGGCGUACUUGUACGGCGAUUUUCUGAGGAGGUCAAUUCACGUGACGCGAGUCUCCCUCCUGAUAGUAAACCAGCAGGUGACGUGACAGAGGAGAAGCCAGCUGAACAAUGGCCGACCUUGAAUACACCAACUCCUGACCAGGGUACUGCGGUCCCAUAUCAACCUGGUAAUCGGGACAACUUUGCCGCUUCACCUCGUCGCCGCGGAUUGCCGGCUCAACGUGUCAAGGCGCAACAACAACAGCAUCAACAACAACAGCGGCAGCAACAACAACGACAGCAGCAGCAGCAGCAGCAACAACAAAAUGUGCAGCAGUCGGGUCGUCAACAGCGGUCACAAGGACGAUCACGCGAGGAGCAGCAGCAGUGGCAGAAGGCAGCCCAGUUACAUCAGGAUCUGUCCCGGUAUCAGCUGCAUCCACCCGCGCCAGCCAACGUUUCUCGUCCGGCCGAUACCAGCUCUGCUGCUGCUGCACUGCGUGGCAACCACAUUCAGCCGAGAAGCAACACAGGCAAUUACACAACUCCCUCGUCCAACAUGGCUGCUGGACGCCAGCCCGUUGCCGGCGGUCGUUUCGCGGCGCUGCGUUCGCGGCGCCCUAACCAUGGCGUAUUGCCUAGCAAAACGGCAGUUUCUGGUGUGCUGCCGGGCCAAUACGCAAACUUUGCGUCGCCUCGAGCGCACGUUGUUCAGGAGCUGGAGUCGAAGAAGGAAAGCACACCACAGGACGGCGCUGUCGCUAUCGCAACCGGUUCUGAGCAGUCGCUACGCGCUGCCGACUUGUUCCUCAACAUCGACAGUCUCGGUUUGGCCAGCUCGCGUGAUGUGCACCGCGCCGACUCUACGGGCAGCGAUACUGCAAAGUCGGAGGUGUCGUCGUCGUCGGCGGCGGCGGUGGCAGUGGUGUCUGAUGGUGAGCUGUGCACUGACUGGCCAGCAGAGUACACCCAGUUACUGUACCCCCUGGAGGAGAAGGACGCCUCCUCGGCCGCUGGCGGCGGUGGUGAUGCAACUGCUGGCCAGGUAGACGCGGAUGCCGCGCUGUCGCGCCUGACCAAGGGCGCGGGCCUGCCGAAGCUGCUGAGCACGCUGCGUGCACUGCCCGUGCCUCUGGUCCCGGCCGUGCACACCGUUCUCAGCGCCAUCCAGGAGAAGAUUACAAUGACCGUCAGCCACCUGGAGUCGGCGAACGCCAUCCCUUCGCCUGGCGUCAACCCUCGGUCACACGCUAGCAGCAGUAGCAGCAGCGGCGGCCGUUCGACAGCCUCUCUCUCUGCGUCGUCGACAAGCGGCGACGGUGGUGGUGGUGGUCUCCAGCUGGACAGCUUGAUGGCGGGCCUGCUGUGCGAGGAGUCCACUUCCGACGGCGGUGGCCAUCGUCAGGUCAACACGCUUGCAGGUGGUGAUGGCGGACUACUCACGGAUGUGAAGGAUGGUACUGUUGACGACGCAGCAACAGCAGCUCUGCAGCAGCAGCACCUCGACCAGGUGAUGUCUGGUGGUGAUGGUAACGCCGCGUCAUCAUUAUCCUCCACACUCUACACCGUCGACGACGCCCUGCACACCGCAGAGUGUCUCUAUGGCAACAACGGCGGCACCGCGGAGGCCGUGGCUCGUCUCCAUGGCGACCAUCCACUGCAUGUCGUCAUGGCGCGCUGGCUGAUCUGGACGUGCAGGCAGCACGGCGACCGAGAGAACACCGGCAACCACACCACCACCACCACACGUGGCAGCGGCGCCGGCGAGGAGGGGGAGAGUAGCUCUCCGCACGUCCGCAGCCUGUUCCUCCUGGCGCGUCUCCUUCGCUCCACACCACUUCCAGCGGACGUUGUGCGCCUGUCGCUUGCCGAAAUCAAGGAGCGCAUAGACGUAUGCAUGUGCGACAGUUCACUACAGCGAGAACUCUUUCUGGCUCUCUCGUCGCUCGCCGGAGAUGAGCCGAUGGCCCGGGAGCUGAUCGAAGAGAUCGACUCUAAGCUAGCACACAGCGUUUCCCAGCGCACCAAGUCCACCGCGGCAUGGAGUGGCACGGGAAUGGUCGACCUGUUCCAAACGGCGGAGCAUGGCCAGCCCAGCGCCGCCCCAUCAGCACCAAUGCCCCCCGCCGACACGGCACCCCGACGUCGCGCGGCUAGAACUGCAGCGCCCGAGCGUGAUCAGCCCGACGCCUGGGAGAGUCUCGCCGGUGCCAUCUCGCUGCCACCCUCGGCGGACAGCAGCGCGAUAGCGAAGAAUAAGAAGCAACUCAAGAAUCGAAGGGCUAGAGCUAAAGCGCCCGCGCGUCACCAGUCGGAUGCCUGGGAGAGUCUCGCUGGCGCCAUACCACCACCCUCGGGCGGCAGUAGCACAAGAAAGAAUGCGGAGAAGAAUCACCGCAGGCCGGAUCGUCAGUGGUCGUCGCCUGGCCCGCAACCCCACAACUAUAACACUGGCCAUCAGCUGAUGCAGCCGCCGUCUGCUCCUAUUCGCCGCUAUUACACCGUCACUUCCCUCGCCGCCAGCAGCACGGCACGCAUCAGCGUCGGCAGCACUGCGCUACGCUCUCGUUCACCGGCCAGUGGCAAUCACACGUCGGCCCUCCGCAUUCCACAGCAGCAGCGCACCCUAUCGUCCACUUGCUUCGCUUCCCAAUCGGCAGCUGCGGCGGUGGCAUCUACUCCAGAACUGCUGCCGCCUUUGGAUCAGCACAGCACUCCGGCGUCCUCUGCCGAUUCUUCCUCGGCAUCGGCAACAUGGAUGCUGCUCUCGAUAGCUGAGCUUGCCGCCUGGCCCUCGCCUGCCAACUGCAGUCAACUGCUGAACUUCUUCAGCGAUGGUGCUGCUAGUGGUGGCCAUGCUGCUAGUGAGCAUGCUGGUAGUGUUGAUGCUGCUGGUAGUGCUGCUGAUGCUGCUGCUAGUGACUACGGGCAUCAUCGUGCGCUUUUCGCAACCGCCCGCCGCAAGCUAGAAGACGCUGGCGUGCCAAUGCUGGAUCAGCUGCACACGCUGAGUGCCAUGUGCCAGCACGGUCAUCUUCAUCGCUCCACUGCCGACAUGUGCGACUUCAUCACCUCGCUGAACAACGACGUUAAGCUCAGCGUCGCCGACAGUGUUGACUUCCUGCGCGGAGUGCUGACCGGUCGACGGGCAAAGGGCAAGCAGGCCGUCGUGUCGGCCUUGUUCUCUCGCCACGCGGCGGACCCCUCGGCGCAGCUCUCUCUGCUCUGCGCGCUGACGACAGCAUCGCGGCACGGCGAUGACAUCGUGUGCUCUGACACGAUCAUGUCGUCCGCGCUAUCGCCGUCCGCCGUCGGCAACUUGCUGCAGCAGGUUAGCAUUGUGCUGCGCUGUGCCCGUGGUGCUGGUAGCGGUGGCAGCGGCGGAAACAUACGCGUCGCCGAGCGCAUUCUGGCCGUGCUGCGGCUGAGACGCGGUUACCACAGCAGCGCGAAGGCGUGCCACGCCAACGACCUGGAGCGCGUCUUUGCCACGAUUGUGUCGUGUCAGCGUCGUCAUGGGUGCUUACACCUGCCCGCCAGCCUGCUCACCGACUUCCUGGCGCUGUUUGGUGCCGACCGCGCCAGCAGGUUUGGCGGCAACCUGCACCUCAUGUCCAGCGCCGUGGUCCUGACCCGUGCCAUUGGCGAGCGGCUGAGCGAGCUGACGGCGUCUCCGCACCACCUCGCCCAGGUGGUCGGCUUUGCCGAGAUUGCCGUGCACUUCGCCGAGGACGUGGACGAGGUGGUGCGUCGUGUGCUCGCCCCGCUGCUCCUGCCGUUGGCCGACGUGCCGUUGACGCUGCGCCAGGCGGAGCCUCUCGCCGCUCUGCUUUGCGAAGCCUCACUACCGCCGCUCGUCAGCGCGUGCGAACGCGUGGUGGCGGGAAACGGCUUGGUCAGCAUCUCACCCAUGCACAAUGACGACGACGACGACAGCUUUGAGCACCGCCGAGACGAGGCCGACACGGCGUGCACGCAGCUGUUCGAGUGGCUGUCGGUGCACCUGGCCUCGGCGGACCCGUCCAGCUUGACGCUGUCGCACGCUCUCCACAUCACGUGGGCGUUUGCGGUCGUCGCACGCAUGCCACCACCCGAUGUUUAUCGCCGGCGUUUCGACGCUAUCACGCUGGCCCCCUCCGCGGAACAUCGCAAGAAGAUGGACACACGACUGCGCCUGAUGUUUGGGCAGGUCUGCAGCACAGCCGUCAGCAAUCCUGCUCUGGGUUUGAGCGUCCCGGAGCACGUUGGCCGUGCGGUUGCCGACUUGUACGAGGAGACGGUGUGCGCCUCACUGUCCCGCCCCUACGCCAGUGAGUUGAGCCAGCACGUGAAGUACGAGGAGACAUCGCUGGUCGCGCGCGUCCCGGCGCUUGGCACUUCGUCGUCGUCGAGUGCUGCUGGUGCUGCUUGUGGGACUGCUGGUGGUGUGCGUGUGCUGGCUCUCGACACCACGCUGUGGAAUACGCUGCUUUCGAGGCCCACAUCUCUGGCUCACCACGUCGUUCACUCGCUGACUGCUGCAGACGAGCAGGUGGCCGAUCAGAUCGCGAGCGCAGCUAUGACGGUUUCGGGUAGCGACACGACGACAACGGUGUGCGAUGAUAGAGGAACUAUGACGUCAUCGGGUAGCGACGC